AUGAGAUCUGCGCCGGACCCUUCGAAUAACCUUUUUGACGACCUGCGAAUAUGCUCGAGGGUGAUCGACUCGUGCGGCCUUGCGUGCAGCUCGGGGUUUGUGGCGGUGCCCUGGGAAGUGGAGGGCGGCGGGCUGAUCGGGGCCAUUCGGCUGGAGAACCAAAUGCGGAAGCCGCCAGUGAUCAAGCUGAAGGGGCACACGUCGAGCAUCCUGGACCUGCAGUUCAACCCCUGCUUCAGUGAAAUCUUGGCAUCCGGUUCGGAAGAUUUGACCAUCCGUGUGUGGGAGAUACCACACAAUGAUGAGUCCGUGAAAGAAAUAAAAGAUCCACAGUGCAUUCUAAAAGGGCAUAAAAAAAAAAUAUCAAUUAUAGACUGGAACCCAAUGAACUACUACAUCAUGUGCUCCAGCGGAUUCGACUCCUUUGUAAACAUAUGGGACAUAGAAAAUGAGAAGAGAGCUUUCCAAAUUAUAAUGCCAAAGAAAUUGUCUUCUUUAAAAUGGAACGUCAAGGGUAGCUUGCUAAGUGGCACAUGUGUGGGGAAGCACAUGCAUAUUAUAGAUCCCAGGAAAAAGGAAAUAGCAUCCAGCUUCCACAUACAUAAUGGGGGGAAAAAUACAAAAAAUAUUUGGGUGGAUGGAUUAGGUGGGGAUGAAAACUACAUCCUAAGUACAGGGUUUUCUAAGAAUAAUUUAAGAGAAAUGAAAUUGUGGGAUUUAAAAAAUACUUCCUCUGCUUUAGUAACCAUGUCUAUAGACAACGCAUCUGCUCCGUUGAUCCCACAUUAUGAUGAAAGCACUGGGUUGAUAUACGUCAUUGGGAAGGGGGAUGGGAACUGCAGGUACUAUCAACACUCACUUGGAAGCAUACGUAAGGUAAAUGAAUACAAGUCUUGUUCCCCAUUUAGAUCAUUUGGAUUUUUACCAAAACAAAUUUGUGAUGUGUAUAAGUGUGAAAUUGGGAGAGUGUAUAAGAACGAAAAUAAUAGUAGCAUUAGACCCAUCUCUUUUUAUGUGCCCAGAAAGAAUCCUACGAAAUUUCAGGAGGAUUUGUAUCCACCCAUUCUAAUGCACGACCCAGAUAGCUCUUCCAGAAAUUGGAUUAACGGAAAGGAUAACAAAAUGGAGAGGAUAAAUGUAAAAGACUUAACACAGGAUGAUUUGAGAAUUACCAAAAAGUACAAAUUUGUCCCGCAGUCCUUUAAUAGCAUCAUUAUAGGGGAAGAAUACACGUCCAAGAGGACUUCCAUCAUUAGGCAGUUUACUAAGAAAUUUACUUUUUUUAAAAAGGGGCUCCACAAUGAUGGCUUCUCCUCUGUGGAUAGCUUCAAGGAGUCUGUUUUUAUCUACCCCAAGAGCUUCAAGGAGAAGGGGCUGCUCACUGAGCAGGGCGGCGCGCAGUUCUCGUCCAGCAAUUCCCUGGAGAGGGGGGCGGAAGAAGCGGCGCGCGAAGCGGCGGAGGAGCAUCCAGAUGAGCAGCCAGAUGAACACCCAGAUGAGCAGUUCCCUUUGGAAGGCGAACCCCCGUGCGACGGGACCAGCAGGGGCACAAGCGAGCUGCCCGUGCGUUCUGGGGACCCCGUUCGGCUGGCGCGGGGGAGGACCCGCCGGGGGAGCGGCGCGAACUGUUUCGACGCACUGCGCUGUGCGCGUCUGUGCAGGAGGAGGGAAUUCUAA